CUGGUGGACGGGGCCGCUCAAUGCGAACAGCGCAGCGGUUUUAACGAAAGACACUUGCAAAAAAAAAAUAAUAAUAAUAAUCAAGUGUUAGCAAGGAGUAAUAUUUAAUCGGUUUCUUCCGAUUGAUUUAUCGGCUGGCGCUGGUGACCGGUGAGCGGACCCGCGCCAUGUGUGAGGUGGAGGACGACUACCCGGGAGAGCCGCUGUACGAGGCAGCGGCGGCGGCGGCGGUCUCGGCCACGAGUGUUGCACAGAAAUGUAUGAAAUGCAAGACCAAUUCAGCAGUGUUGGUCAUUCGAGUGGGAGAUGCGUUUUGCAAAUCUUGCUUCAAAGAAUAUUUUGUGCACAAAUUCCGUGCCAUGCUAGGGAAGACACGGUUAAUAUUUCCAGGAGAACAGGUCCUGCUCGCAUUAUCUGGUGGUCCAACAUCCAGUGCAAUGCUUUGUCAGGUUCAAGAGGGUUUGGCCAGAGAAGCUCCAAAAAAGUUGCGCUUUUCACCUGGGAUAGUGCAUAUAGACGAGGGAGCUGUAUGUGGAAGGAGCCUAGAGGAAAGACAGGAAACUUUAUCACAGCUUGAACGCAUGUUCCAGGCUUCAGGAUUUUCUUACCAUAUAGUCUUUUUAGAGGAGGUGUUCAAGUUGCCAAAUUCCAUGUUACACAGUGUAUCCUGCAGUCCAGCUAGCCAUGGCGAAAACUACAAAGAGGCAGUGGAUGGUUUCCUACAAAAACAAAGAGAGACUCUGGUUCAUGCAGAGCAAAAGCCUACAGCUGUGGAGCAGUUGAACUUCACCCAUGCAGAAGAUCCGGUUCAAACAAAACUUGGUCAGCUCAGUAUUGAUGAUGUAUUUACUGACCUGAAUUCUGGAAGCACCUUGACAGAAACUUCCACUCGUGAGAAAUGCAAAUUUACCCUGGCACAAACAGAAGCAGUAAAGGAACUGUUCAGUUCAAUAAAAACUUUGACUGCUAAAGAGGAAUUGCUGCAAACAUUACGACAUCAUCUGCUUUUGUACACUGCAAGGAUCAAUGGCUACACAAAAAUAAUGAUGGGAGACAGCUGUACCCGAUUGGCUGUAAAACUGCUGACUAACAUUUCAUUGGGACGUGGAGCCUCACUUGCCAUUGACACAGGUUUUUCAGAUAAUCGUUACGGAGAUGUCAUCAUUGUACGGCCAAUGAGGGAAUAUUCGUCUAAAGAAAUUGCUUUCUACAAUAAGCUGUUUGAUGUUCCUAACGUCUUUACCCCAGCAUUGGAUACAAAGGCCAGUGAUAAAGCUAGCAUCCAUCGACUGACUGAGAGUUUUGUGAACAAAUUGCAGGCUGAUUUCCCAUCCACUGUAAGCACUGUUUACAGGACCAGUGAGAAACUGAAUACAGCCUGUUCUGACUUGUGUGGAGCUGAACAGCCAGAUAAAUGUUUGCUGUGCCUCUGCGCUAUGAACAAUAAAAUAGAGGAAGCCUCAGCGUUUCAUGCCACCCUAAUAUCAGAAAAAUUGUCACUCAAGCAAGUUCCUGAUCAGGUGCCAGAGGUCACUGAGCAACCCUGCUGUGGUGGUGGUGAUGGAGAGGAAAAUAAUGGAAAAUGCUGUGAUAUGCAAUCAGAAACAGCGUGCUUUUCAACAGACUGUGGGAAUAGAACCACCAAUCUCCUUGCACUGCUUUGCUACAGUUGUAGACUAACUAUCAAAGAUAUGGUAUCACUGGAUCUGUUACCACAAUAUGUCCUCUCUGAAGCAGAACGCAGGAAACGCAGAGCACAGGUGAAGGAACAGAUCGAAGAGUUCCUGUUGGCUCCUGAGAAGGAGACGGAUGUUGCUAGUUCCUGACCCGUCAGCCUGAAUUUGCUAUAUUGCAGAUUAUAUACUGACUGUCCAAUUAACCCAGAAGCAAAUGUGUUAUGAAUAAACCAUGAAUUGUAACUUGCCUUCUCAUUUUGGCACUUAAAGUUCAGAUAAUUAGAUUUCCACCUUCAGUCCCAAGGGUUUGCAUUAAGAACUCCAGUGCAGAUUGUCCAUAUAUUAUUCAUAAUCACAAACCUCAUUUUGACUUGUAGUCAUGUUUUGUUUACCUAUUUACUUUGUGCUGCUCUUGUCAAACAUUAAAUCAUAUUUGUAAAUACAUUUGAAAUAUUAAAUUCAAAAUUGUUCCUCAAUUUAGAAUGGUGAGAUUUUCUAUUGCAUUAGUUUUGAAGAUUGUGUUGUUUUUAAUGUGGUUUUUGCAAAUGGUUUAGAUGUGUUAUUCUGUCUGUCAGAUUGAUUUACUCCUAUCUUGAACAGCAUUCUUAUUGAGCUCAACUGGGUGGAAAGAGCACCUGUCAUUGCUCCAACAACUAAAGUACAAUCCUGGUCUCUAGUGCUAUAGCUAGUUUGCAUGCUCUCCCUGCAGCCAUGUGGGUUUCCUCUAAAUGUUUUGAGUUUUCACCCACAUUCCCAAAAAUACAUGGGCUGGCAGGUUUUAUUAGCGACUGUAAAUUGCCAAUACUAUUUAGAUGCUUGGUAGAAUUGAGGAGGUGGUUAAUGGGGAUUUGUGGGGGGUAGUAAGGGAAUAAAAUGGUGCUUAGUCAGCAGAGAAGGGUAUGUUUCUGUGUUGUAUUACAUCGAUGGGUUAAUUAAAUACUGAAUACAGAAUUUAACUUGAUCAAAAGGAAAGCAAAUUUCAGAACUUGUAUGUGUCUUCUAGCAGUACUCAAACCAGAUAUGCCAUUUUCUUCAAAGCUUGAAUAAACUUUGUUUACAAGCA